AUGAAAAAAGUUCAAUCUUCCGAUUUAAGCCCCAAAACAACGUCAUCGAAUCGAUACAGUGAUGCUGAUGAUGAUAAUAAUUAUAUGGUGAACCAUCCAUUCUAUUCUCGUGAAAAGCAAAGUAGUAGCAGUGGAAGUAGUAGUAACAAUAAUAACAACAAUAACAAUGGAAAUGAUUUGGAUAGGAGAAAAACAACUCCAAGAAAAUCUUCUGAUCGGUCGAGUACAGACAAUAGUACAAGUACAGAAUUUAGUCAAAUAUCACAUUAUAAUAAUUUAAAAUUUAGACAAAAACAAUUGAAUGAAUAUACAGUGAAUAAUGACAUUAUUCCGAACGUAUCACAUUUAAAUAUUUUGUUGAUUGGAGAAAAAGGAGCAGGAAAGAGUAGUUUGAUUAGUACAUUUCAUCGUUCCCUUCAUGAAAAUUAUGGUGAAGCACCAAUAGCAGUAAUUGGAGAAAAUCGUGCAUCAGCGUUUACAAAGAAAAAGAAAGGUUAUGCUGUCAAUUUACCAAAAUCAAUAUUUGCUCAUGAUACAAGGGGAUUGGAAACCUUCUUGAAAUUAGAAUUGGAACAAGUAAGAGCUAUGAGGGAUGGUAAAAUAGGAGAUGAUGUAGAAGUGAAACAAAAGGCGAGUUGGUCUCUAUGGGACUAUUUAUUUUCAAUGUUGAGUAGAAAUCCUGCUGCAAUUCUAGAUCCAGAUUGUCUUGUAAAUAAUACUACUGUUCAGGAUAUUCCUCAUGCUGUGAUAUUUGUCGUUCCUGCAAAUCAAAGGAAUGUACCAAGUGAAUUGGAGGAUUUUGUAAAUUUAUUCUUGGAAUAUGGAUACAAACCAUUAUUUGCUGUCACAAAAAUUGAUGCUCAUGGAAGUGGAGACUUAUAUGCAGCAACUCAUUUGUACGAUACUAAAAAGACUCAACUGGUGCAAAUGUUUGAAUUGGAAUAUACAGAUGUUCAUGCAAUUCAAAACUAUACAGAAUGGGAUCAAAAGAAUGUUAGCAUUGAAAGCAUGGCUCUCGAUUUAUUACAGAAAGCAGUGACAAGAGCAGAGGGUUUCAUUCAACAACAUAUGGACAAUGAAAAAGACAAACAAAGUGCUGGUCUCAUCUCCAAAUGCGAAAUCCAAUAA